AUGGAGAGUCAUGCACAGCUGAGCGAGUGCUUUACGAAGUACAUCGAGCUAAAGAAGAAGAUAGACGACAGAAGGCGGGAAUUGCACGGGUUGCAGCAGAGAAGAGACGCCCUGCUGGACCUGCUUGUGUAUAUAAAGGGGCAGAAGCCGCCGAAGUGCAGCGAGUUCGAGGGGGAGGACGCCUUUCCAAUGUCUCUGGGGAAGGCCCACUCAAAGUUCAGCCUUACAUCCGUUGGGAUUCUGCCCCCAGAGGAGUGCACUUCGUUCUACAACAGCAUGUACAUAUACCCGAUAGGGUACAAGUCAAAGAGAAAGUAUGUGCUGCCAGGGCAGGAGGACCAAAAGGCAGCGUACUUUUGCCAAAUCAGAUCUGUAAACGGAGAGUGCGUUUUUGAAAUCCGGACGACCGGGGGAAAGAACUGGACGGGGAGCAAGGACGAGGUCUGGGCAGAUUUUACGCGCGAGUUCAAGAAAAUGUCUUUCCCAGACAUAGAGGCCUUCUUUGGGCUGUCCAAUGAAACUGCCCAGAAGAUAAUAGAGGAUAUGGGCGAGAUUUCUGUUUUUUCCUCGUACAUACCCAUACACAUGCGAAACAGAAAAACAAAGCGGCACAAGGAGGCCAAAGAUUGA